AGUGGGUCGUAAUUCGUAUUAUUAUUUUUUCGUAAUAUUUUAAGAUCGUGGUCGACAGUCGUGAAUAUUCUUGUUCCUUAAAAAUUGUUAAUUAUUUUAUUUUAAACGUUCAUCUUUAAUAGUAAUAUAAUAUUUAUAUUAACAUUUUAGUAUUUUACUUUCCAUUAUUUACGUUGAAAAUAUUAUCUUUUAAAAUGGAGAAUGUCCUAGAAAAACAAUUAUUGAAAGUUGCAGAAACAAUUGAGCAAAAACUUGAUCAGGAAAUACAGAAACUUGAUGAGUUAGAUUUAGAUAGUAUUGAAAACAUACGAGAACACCGCUUACAACAGAUGAAAAAAAUGAUCAAACAGAAGGAAGAGUGGAUGGCUAAAGGACAUGGAGAAUAUGAAGAAUUAAGUGAUGAAAAAAGUUUCUUCGAAAAAUCAAAAUUGAGUCCAAACAUGGUGUUACAUUUUUAUAAAGAUGGAUCGACUCGAUGCAAAAUUGUUGAUCAUCAUUUAAAAAUAUUGUGUGCACAACAUUUGGAAACACGUUUUGUUAAACUAAAUGUUACACGUUUUCCUUUUCUGACAGAACGAAUGAAGAUUCGUGUCAUACCAACUAUUGUGUCAAUAGUUGAUAGUAUAUCCAAAGAUUUUAUUGUUGGUUUUACUGAGUUGGGGAAUUGUGAUGAUUUCUCAACAGAGAUGUUGGAAUGGCGUUUAGCACGUUCACAAGUUAUUGAUUACAAGGGAGACAUACUUAAUCCACCAGAUGUUGUCAAGAACAACCGAACAAUGUUAUUAGAGAAAAAUAAGAAAAUUAGAGGUUAUGUAGGAAAUGAUGAUUCAGAUGGUUUAGAUUCAGAUUAAUCUUGUCUGAAAUGUUAAAUUAAUAUACUAAUCAUCUAAUCACUAAUCAAAUGAAAAAUUAAUGUUUCCUAACACUACUUAUAAUAUUGUUUAUCUUACUUAACCACUACUGUAGAAUAUUUUAUACAUUCCUACAAGGUUUUUCAUACAUUAAAUGUCGAAGUAUGAUUUUUAUUUUAUUCUUGAUAAACUUAUAAUAUUAUUAUUUUUUUUAUUGUUUCAAAAAUUCUUAUAUAAGUUGCUUAUACCUACAAAAAAUCAGUAGUCAUCAAGUUUAUAUGAUACUUUAUUUACAUAUAUUUUACAUGUUUAUAUUUAUUUUUACCUAUCUUUUUUUAAAAUCUUUUUGAAAUACUUUUUAAGAUCUAUUAAAAAAAGGUGCUAAUUUAUUUUUGUUUUCAAGUUGAAUAUAAUAUGCAUGUCA